AUGGGUUGUACCUCUUCUACUCCCGAUAUCAUACUUCCUGAUCCCGAACUAGGGAAGGAGCACUCAUUCAAGAUAAAGAAGGCGGGCAUGCUCUCUAAGGGAUAUAAUGUAUAUAAUAUGGAUAAGCAGUUAUGGCUCUACAUCAGGUCAUUAAGUAGCUUCUGGGAUUCUGAUCCGGACUUCACACUAGAGAACUUCGUACGAGAGGAUGAUAAAACCGGACAGGUUCUCGCAUUGCCUUGGCAUUCCGGUGGCCUUGCUGCUUGUCGUCGUCUACAGGUCCUCGGCCGAUGUGCUGUUGGUAAGCUAGAUGAGGACUAUAAGAAGGAGGUCGAUUGGGAGACUGACUCGGAUGAUAGUGACUUCUCACUGGACGAUCUCUUUGACUUUGACGACGAUGAUGAAUUGAAAGUGAAGUUGAAGUUCAAAGCUAAGAGGGAGGCUAGUUUCAAGAAUGCACAAGGAGAAGAGUUCGCACAUCUGAAAGUGAAGGUGAAAGGUAAGGCCAAAGUGGAGGUGGAAAUCGAUGAGGAUCAUGAAGGGAAUAAAACCGAACGUUGGAGUGCCAAGUCCGCCGUCAAGAAAGUUUACUACACGCUUACUAUCAAUGGUGUAGAGGUCCCUGUCGAAGUGGAUAAUCAUAAGUGGCAGAAUUGGGAUCGAGAAUGGGACAUCCCUGGGAUGUUCAAGGCCACCUAUGAUGCCAAAUUUGGCACUGAUGAAGUUUUCGUCGAUACCAAAUGCCUAGAAGCUCCACCAGCUGAUUUGUUGAUGAUCGGCUUCGCUAUGGCCUAUUUCAUGCAUCCCUCGAGCUAUCUGUCUAGGGCGGAGAAUGCGGCCAAGUCCCAUGCCAGGAAUGUGUUGAGGAGGCAUUCUUAA